CUCCAGUCACUGCGAGGGGCCGGCUCAGAGCAUGCUAGAAGCCCAGAGGAAAGUCAUUCAGUCAUACACAGAGGAAACAUAGAGAGAGAAAGACAGAGAGAGUGCCAGGGCAGAUCUGACAGCACUCCAGACAACAUCUUCAUGGACGCAGUCUUGCUUUCCUCAUAACUGCACAGCUGCAUUUCACAUGCACUUCCAGACACAGUUUCUCAAGACUUCAGUUUUUCCCCAGAAGACCAACUUGAUAUAAAGACAGGAAGAGUAUUGUAAGUGGAUGACAGGAUCAAUGAUGACCUCCAGGCAACAGUCCAGUCCGGAUGUGAUCAGCACGUGCCCCAGGUCAUCCAUACAUCUCUGCUCAUACUGAUUCCACCUGACUUUGGACUAAAGGAACCGACAGCACCCUCAAACGAAUUUUGAUUUUCAUGACCUCACCCUCCCCUCCAGCUCCUGCCAUGUUGUGGGGUUGGUUUGUGUGCCGUUGCUUGUCCCUGGUCGCGCUGCUGGUGGUAGCAGUCUGUGGAGGGGCUGAGCAAAGAAGAGGAGCAGAAGAAGGACUCAGAAGCUCAACGGCAAAAGCCAACAGCAGCAGCGGUCGGAAAUAUCACCGGCUCCAACACGGACAGUGUAGCUACACUUUUAUCCUUCCGGAGGGUGAUGGAGGCUCUUGUCGAGAGUUUAAAGCGGGCACGCCGAACAAUGCCAACACACUUCAACGGGACGCACCUCAACCUGAAGCGGACUUCUCCAACCAGAAGAUGCAGCAGCUGGAGCACGUCAUGGAGAACUAUACACAGUGGUUACAAAAGAUCGAGAACUACAUUAAAGACAAUAUGAAGACAGAGAUAGUGCAGUUACAACAAAGUGCUGUUCACAACCACACGGCGGCCAUGUUAGAGAUGGGCACCAGUCUUCUCUCCCAAACAGCUGAGCAGACACGCAAGCUAACCGAUGUCGAGACACAGGUUUUAAAUCAGACAUCAAGGUUGGAAAUUCAGCUGCUGGAGAAUUCACUAUCCACCAACAAGCUGGAGAAACAACUUAUGAUACAGAUAAAUGAAAUCAACAAGAUCCAUGACAAGAAUGGGUUUCUGGAGGUAAAAAUGCAGGAGAUGGAGGACAGGCACAGAGAGGAGUUGGAGGCUCUGCGGGAGGAGAAGAGCAGUCUACAGACGCUGGUGAGCAGGCAGAGCUCAGUGAUCCGGGAGCUGGAGGAUCAGCUGAGUCGAGCGACCGGUAACAGCAGCGCUCUGCAGAGACAACAGCAGGACCUCAUGGAUACCGUACGCAACCUGCUCAGCCUGUGUGCGAAGGACUUAGGAACAGCAUUGGUGCCAAACAGCACAAAGCAAGCUGAUGAGGAGAGGAAAUACCGGGACUGUGCCGACCUCUACCAAGCUGGUUUCCAGAAAAAUGGAGUUUACACUAUCAACAUUAGCCCACAAGAGACUAAAAAGGUGUACUGCAACAUGGAGUCUGCGGGGGGAGGCUGGACCGUGAUCCAAAGACGUGAAGAUGGCAGCGUGGACUUCCAGAGAACAUGGAAAGAAUAUAAAAUGGGCUUCGGGAGUGUGUCAGCCGAACACUGGCUGGGAAAUGAGUUUGUGCACAUUCUGACCAAUCAGAGGGAGUAUGCCCUCCGUGUAGAGCUGACAGACUGGGACAGACACAAGGCCUUCUCACAGUACGACAGUUUCCACAUCGACAGUGAAAAACACAAUUACAGGUUGUUCCUGAAGAGCCACAGCGGGACGGCGGGCAGACAGAGCAGUCUGGUGAUCCACGGCGCUGACUUCAGCACUAAAGACAUGGACAAUGACAACUGCACAUGCAAGUGUGCGCUGAUGCUCAGUGGGGGAUGGUGGUACGAUGCCUGUGGCCCAUCCAACCUGAACGGGGUGUACUACAGACAAGGACAUCAUGUUGGGAAAUUCAAUGGAAUCAAGUGGCACUACUUCAAAGGCCCCAGCUACUCUCUCCGAUCCACUGUCAUGAUGAUCCGACCGGCCGACUUCUCGUAGUUCUCCACAAAUAGGCCAAAACUUUUUGGAAAAGUGUUACUUUUUGGCCCAUGACAUUAUCAAGUAACGCUGUAAACAUGGUUAGCUGCUUGCCUUUUGGAUAAUGCAACAUUCUUUUGAGAUAACACCUCUCAAGUUAAAAGGAAUCCUGUGAAUAAUGGGCUGUCCUAUCACCUUUAUGGGACUAUAUACUGUAAGAGAUGGCAUGCUCUUUGAGAAUUUAGGGCAGGAGCUGACUUGGCUGGGCUUUUAUUUUUAAAUAUCAGAGGUAUGAAUUCAAGUGCCUUUCACUUGUCACUCAGGACCUGUGGACUGCUGAGGCAGGCACAUCACCUUUGAUGGCUGCAUUGCCUUGCUCAUCUGGCUUUCGUGUCUCCAAGUGAAUUUAAAGCAGCUUGAAUGUUCCUUAAUAUCCUAAAAAGGCCUAUUAAUGUUUAAUACAAAUGUGUUGCACAGUUAUAUUUGAGUUGUGAUACUUUAUUUCACAUUAUGUUUUUUUUUUACCCCAGUAUAUUAUUAUUAGUUUCAUUAUUACUUUGUACAUUAUUCCUGUCAAAGUGAAGAAAACCAUAGCAUGCAGUAUUAACAGUGACUUUAUAGUGCUAUUUACAAGGGACAUUUUCUGCAAAGAAUAGCACAUCCGUCCUCCAGACUGACUAUAUUGAUUGUGCAAACUGCUUAUUAUUAUUGGCUUUGAACUUUGGUGACCUUUUAAGCACAUCAUAACUUGGCAUAAAAUGUUGAAAUGCAUGCCAAAGAUCACAGCUAUUAAUGAUAGUAUCAUAAAAAUAUCGAUCUAAUAUUAAUCAUCGUUACAACUGACAGAGUAAAGCCAAUGGCACAGAUGUACUGGUGCAGUAUGAUACAUAUGAUGAUGUUUUAAUUCAUUCAUACCAUAUUGUCUUAUGAGAAUUUGUCAUAUUAGGAUUGUUUUGCAUUUGAAUGUUGCAGCUGUUGUCAAAAGCAGUGUUACUCUUACAGACAAGCUUGGAUGAACUUAUUUGAAAUUUUUCUUUGAACCUAAGAAUAUAGGUUUUUAAUAAUUCUGAAUGACUGUAUUAUUGAAACUAAAUGCUUUGAUAUAUGGAGCUUAAUUUGUACAUGAAUUUUGUUUUCAGCGAUCGUAGGGCCGGUUCACACAGACUGCGUUUUUUUUUUUUUUUUUUUUUAUUCCACUUUUUUUUAAUGCACAGUGUUUACACAUAUAAACAUUCGCUAAACCGCUGUGAUUAACCUGUUAUGCUAGGUUUUGCCUUUUUUUGCAUUUUGCAUUUUGCAUUUUGCAUUUUGCAUUUGCAUUUUGUGCUGAAGAAUCAGCCAUUGUUAAGCCAAGUGAAGUUAAAAGUUAAAUCUGCAUCUUUUCCAUUCCCUCCAUUGUGUGAACAUGCCAUUUGGACUUUCGGUAACAAACGUAUAAUAAUGUUCUGUUUGUUAACAUUAGUUCAGUAAGUUAACAUGAACUAACAGGGAUAAACUUCUGAAGCAUUUAUUUAUCUUUGUUAAUGUCAAUUUUAAACAUAUAAACGAAUUAUAGUUAAUGUAUGAUUGCCUCUGUAUGCAAGUCUACUAAUAAUUUAUUCCAUCAAGUAACAAUAGCAUGGAGCAUUUUACUGAAAAGUGUAUUUUUAUUGUAAAUCCAUAAACAGUCUGAAAAGCUGCAAAUGGCAUGUUUCAUAUCACAGUCCACAGUCCCAGUCAUUUAGUGUUUAAAAUUGCUUUUCAGAGGAAAGCACAGCUUUAUUAGAUCAGAACCAUCUGUAUGUUAUGAAUUAAAAAAAAAAAAGAUGUAGCAAAAGUAACAUAAUUUAAUUUGCCAUGUUAUUUAAACACCUAGUCCUUUCUAACAAUGUUCAUGAUGUUAGUUCAAAUAACAAAAUAAACUCGAUGCCCCAAGCUUAA